UCUUGUUCCGCGUCGGGCGGUUUUGGUAGUUGCACACACUGCCGACAUUGAUCGACAUGGCGUCCGGGUACAUAUUAAAUCGUGGUGUGCUAACGCUCGGGAUUCACUGUCAGCGUGUUUGCAGGAACGUGUCAUUAACGCAAGUGAGAGAGAAGAAACGAUGGAUGAAAGCUUACACAUACCUCAUGGCGAAGAAGUUAAAGGUCGAAGGACCUCCAGCGCCGACGCCACGCUCUCAAAAAUCUCCCUGGGAUUAUCAGGCUGAGGUUCAGGCUUUCAGCAGCCGCCUCCAGGAGAACUUCUCCCUUGAGCUGCUGAAAACAGCCUUCAUCAACCCUUGUUACCUGCAGGCGGAGCUGCAGAGGAGACAGGGGCUAGGUGUGGACCCUGAGAACACUGCUCUUGUUCUGGACGAUAACACUCAGCUGAGUGAAAAAGGAGUCGAUUUCACCAAAAGCUUCCUGACUGACUGGUGCAGGGCCAGCUUCCCCAGCCUGCCAGAUGAUGGACUGGAUAGUAUUGUACGGCACCUCACCAGCUCAGCGGUCAUGUCCCAUGUUGCAAGAAAUCUUGGCAUUGAAGACCUUGCCAUGAGUGCAGAAUGCCCUGUACCUGAUAACGUUCUUUAUUCUACAUUCACGGCGGUUAUUGGAGCUCUACAGGAAAGUAGUGGAGCUGAGCGCACUGGAUUUUUCCUCAGGGAUUUCUUGGUCACUCAGCUGAUAGGAAAGGACCUGUUUGACAUGUGGACAGUUGUCAACCCAAUGGGACUGCUGGUGGAGGAGCUCACAAAGAGGGAAAUUCCUCUUCCCGAGCCUCGUCUCAUCAGGUCUGCUGGAGCCAGCACCGUCCUGCCACUAUACUUUGUUGGCUUGUACAGCGACAAAAAGCUUCUGGCUCAGGGUCCAGGAGAGACACUUGAAGCCGCUGAGGAAGAAGCAGCUCGUGUGGCACUCAGGAAACUCUUCGGCUAUACCGAGAACCGCAGACCCUUUGACUUCUCUCAACAGCAGCAGCAUCAGAAGCCCUUAAUUCAGUCAGCCGUCAGCAAUUAAUAAAGCAACGGCGCUUUUGCUGA